AUGCUCACAGACUGUAUGGUAAUGAGAGAUCCAAACACCAAUCACUCCAGGGGCUUUGGGUUUGUCAUAUACACCACUGUGGAGGAGGUGGAUGCAGCCAUGAAUGCAAGGCAACAGAAGGUGGAUGGAAGAGUUGUGGAACCAAAGACAGCUGUCUCAAGAGAAGAUUCUCAAAGACCAGGUGCCCACUUAACUGUGAAUAGCCACAACUAUGAAGUUAGGAGAGCCCUGUCAAAGCAAGAAAUGGCUAGUGCUCUGUCCAGCCAAAUAAGUCGAAGUGGUUCUGGAAACUUCGGUAAUGGUCAUGGAGGUGUUUUUGGUGGGAAUGACAACUUUGGUCAUGGAGGAAACUUCCGUGGUUGUGGUGGCUUUGGUGGCAGCCUUGGUGGUGGUGGAUAUGGUGGCAGUGCAGAUGGCUAUAAUGGAUUUGGUAAUGAUGGAAGGAAUUUUGGAGGUGGUAGCAGUUACAAUGAUUUUGGCAAUUACAACUAUCGGUCUUCAAAUUUUGGGCCUAUGAAGGGAGGUAACUUUGGAGGCAGAAGCUCUUGCCCCUAUGAUGGUGGAGGCCAAUACUUUGCCAAACCAUGA